UCCUCUUCUUCGACUAAAGAGGUAACAUGGCUAGUAUUUUUCCAACCCCAAGUCCAAUUUUCUCUCACCUGAUCACUCUCACUUUCCUCUUUGUCCUCGCAACAACUCUGGCAGCCGCCACCGGAGAAGAUGGCACCUUCGUGAAGAGAGCAGAUCGCCGGUUACUAGGGCUAAAGAAGGAGAAACUCAGCCAUUUCAAGUUCUACUGGCAUGACAUACUGAGCGGUCCAAACCCAACGUCCGUACCUAUAGUUCUACCGCCAUCGAACAAAUCAACCACUGCCUAUGGUGGAGUCAAUAUGAUCGAUAACCCUUUAACCCUUGGCCCGAAACUUAGCUCGAAGAUGGUGGGCAGGGCCCAGGGGCUCUAUGGAUCUGCUUCACAACAAGGGGUGGGGCUUCUGAUGGUGAUGAACUUUGCUUUUAUGGAAGGGAAGUAUAAUGAGAGCACGAUCACGGUGCUGGGGCGGAACAUGGUGUUUACGAAGGUGAGGGAGAUGGCGGUGAUAGGCGGCACCGGGCUUUUCCGGUUCGCUAGAGGAUAUGUUGAAGCUAGAACUAGCACGGUGGAUCUCAAGACUAGAGAUGCUGUUGUUGAGUACAAUGUCUAUGUGAUGCAUUAUUGAUGCAUUUUUUUUAUUUUUUUUUUUGUCAAUUUAACUUUCCUGCGAAUUUCUAAAUAAGAGAAAUGCCUUUCGGUGGGGUGGGUGAUGGGGUUUCUAGUACGUUAAUUUGAUGAUGUUCAACUCUCCAUUAAAAAAAAAAAAACUUUAGGACUCAAAA